AUGCCCCGCAUAACGCAUUACGGUACCCUGGGCCGUGGACUGCAGGCUGUCGCUACGGAACCCGGACAAAUAGCAUAUCGGAAAAACGAAAUCAUAGGGCUGCUAUUUGGUGAGAUCGUGCCCGCAGGGACAUUCGACGAUGACCACACGCUGGACUUCGUGAGACCAGACCUCCAAGAAGAACCUAUCGUUUGCCAGCUUCGCUGCGCUGACGUGGGGAGCCUCUUCAGGCUGUUGAAUCACUCUUGCCGUCCGUGUGCUCAUCUCGUUCAGAUGAGGAUGAGUGGAAAGUUUGUCACCACUGUGCAGGCUAUUCGAGACAUUUUCGAUGGCGCUCAAAUUACCAUUUCGUAUGGGAAAAAUUGGAAAGGGGACAAUUGUCUUUGUGAAGUGUGUCGAUCCUGA